GUCACUUACAGCACUGUAACCUUACAAUAGUGUUACUACUACUAAUCAGUGUACUACCUAAUACUUAUCGAAAAAGGCGUCGUCGUUUAAUUGUUGGGAAAUAAUAAUAAAUGUUAAAACCUGAUAAAAUGGGCACGUUAACCGAUUUCGGACAAAUAGCUUUGAAAUGGGAUCCCAAAAAUUUGGAAAUUCGCACAAUGUCGGUUGAAAAAACACUUGAACCUCUUGUAUUACAAGUUACUACUCUUGUAAAUACUAAGGGCCCAAGCAAAAAGAAAAAAGGGAAAUCAAAGCGGGCCAGCGCAUUAGUUGCAGCUGUUGAAAAGGCCACAGAAAAUUUUAUUCAAAAAGGUGAACAGAUUGCUUACGAGAACCCAGACAUCACACAAGAAAUGUUAACAGCUGUGGAUGAAGUAAAAAAAACUGGAGAUGCUAUGAGCAUUGCAGCAAGAGAAUUUUCUGAAGAUCCUUGCAGUUCGUUGAAGAGAGGAAAUAUGGUGCGCGCAGCUAGGAAUUUGUUGUCAGCUGUAACCCGCUUGCUAAUUUUAGCAGAUAUGGUAGACGUGCAUUUGCUUUUAAAAUCACUCCAUAUUGUCGAGGAUGAUUUAAACAAACUAAAAAACGCAUCGAGCCAGGACGAGCUUAUGGAUAAUAUGAGGCAAUUUGGACGCAAUGCAGGAGAACUUAUAAAACAGGCAGCCAAACGUCAACAAGAACUUAAAGAUCCCCAAUUAAGGGACGAUUUAGCAGCUGCUCGGGCGAUGCUUAAAAAACAUUCAACAAUGCUGUUAACUGCAUCAAAAGUAUACGUUCGCCAUCCGGAACUAGAUCUAGCAAAAGUAAAUCGCGAUUUUAUUUUAAAACAAGUUUGUGAUGCUGUAAAUACCAUCAGCGAUGUUGCCCAAGGAAAGUCAUCUCAACCGACAGAUAUAUACAGCGGAGCGGGAGAGUUGGCUGCAGCAUUAGAUGACUUUGACGAGGGAAUUGUAAUGGAUCCGAUGACCUACAGCGAGAAGCGUUCACGCCAAUUACUCGAAGAACGGUUAGAAAGUAUUAUUAGUGCAGCUGCAUUGAUGGCGGAUGCAGACUGUACUCGAGACGAGCGACGAGAGAGAAUUGUGGCCGAAUGCAAUGCUGUGCGGCAGGCUUUACAGGAUUUGCUAUCCGAAUAUAUGUCUAACAUGAGUCAAAAAGAUAACAGCCCAGGACUCUCUCGAGCGAUUGAUCAAAUGUGUCGCAAAACUCGUGACCUAAGAAGGCAAUUGCGAAAAGCUGUUGUGGAUCAUGUUUCGGACUCUUUUCUGGAGACUACAACUCCUUUGCUAGAUUUAAUAGAAGCAGCAAAGUCGGGAAAUGAAAAAAAAGUUCGCGAAAAGUCCGAAAUAUUCACUAAGCACGCUGAAAAACUCGUUGAAGUAGCAAAUUUAGUAUGUAGCAUGUCAAACAAUGAAGAUGGUGUUAAAAUGGUUCGAUAUGCUGCUGCCCAAAUUGAAAGUCUUUGCCCGCAAGUAAUAAAUGCAGCAUCGAUACUAACUGUUAGACCGAAUUCUAAAGUAGCCCAAGAAAAUAUGUCUACUUAUCGGCAAGCCUGGGAGGUGCAAGUUCGUAUUUUAACCGAAGCAGUGGAUGAUAUUACAACAAUUGACGACUUUUUAGCAGUAUCAGAGAAUCACAUUCUUGAAGAUGUAAACAAAUGUGUAAUGGCUUUACAAGUUGGUGAUGCCAGGGAUUUGCGUGCAACUGCUGGUGCUAUCCAAGGUCGAUCAUCACGAGUUUGUAACGUUGUUGAAGCUGAAAUGGAUAAUUAUGAACCAUGUAUUUACACCAAACGAGUGCUAGAAGCAGUCAAAGUUCUUCGAGAUCAAGUUAUGAUGAAAUUCGACCAACGUGUAGGAGCAGCCGUUGGAGCCCUAUUAAAUAACUCCAAUAAGGAUGUGGACGAAAAUGAUUUCAUUGAUGCUUCUCGUUUGGUGUACGACGGAGUUCGAGAAAUUCGAAGAGCCGUUUUAAUGAACCGAAGCUCGGAAGAUCUUGAUACUGACACUGAAUUUGAGCCAGUUGAAGACUUAACCUUGGAAACUCGAAGUCGAUCAAGUGCUCAUACCGGCGAUCAAACCGUUGACGAAUAUCCAGAUAUUAGUGGCAUAUGUACAGCUCGGGAAGCUAUGCGAAAAAUGACAGAAGAAGACAAACAAAAAAUUGCUCAGCAAGUUGAGUUAUUCCGUAGAGAAAAACUAACCUUUGAUUCAGAAGUUGCUAAGUGGGAUGACACUGGAAAUGACAUUAUUUUUCUGGCCAAGCAUAUGUGUAUGAUUAUGAUGGAAAUGACGGAUUUCACAAGAGGACGAGGUCCUUUAAAAACUACUAUGGAUGUUAUUAACGCAGCUAAAAAAAUUUCCGAAGCUGGUACAAAGCUGGAUAAACUAACCAGGGAAAUAGCAGAGCAAUGCCCAGAAAGCAGCACGAAAAAGGACCUCUUAGCGUAUUUGCAACGAAUUGCCCUGUAUUGUCAUCAAAUCCAAAUUACUUCGAAAGUAAAAGCAGACGUUCAAAAUAUAAGCGGUGAACUUAUUGUUUCUGGGCUGGAUAGCGCUACAUCGUUAAUUCAAGCUGCUAAAAAUUUAAUGAACGCCGUUGUAUUAACGGUAAAGUACUCAUAUGUGGCAUCUACAAAAUAUACCAGGCAGGGAACUGUGUCUUCUCCAAUUGUUGUAUGGAAAAUGAAAGCACCAGAAAAAAAACCUUUGGUCAGGCCGGAAAAACCAGAAGAAGUACGAGCCAAAGUUCGCAAGGGAUCUCAAAAGAAGGUUCAAAACCCUAUCCAUGCAUUAUCUGAAUUCCAGAGUCCUGCUGAUGCUGUUUAAAAGUUGAUUUUCUAUUAAUAUAUAUUAAUUACCAUAAACAGAGUAGUAUCAAAAUCAUUGCGCUUAUCUUUGGUUAUUCAAAGCAAUCUUAAUGCUGCAAUCUAUUCAGUUUUAUCGACAAUUACAUUCUUAUAUUAUAUACUUAUCGACCCUAUAAAAUAUAAUAAAUCAUACAUACAUAAACCGUU